AUCACUGGUCAACUUUUCCGUUGUAUAGCUGUUUCUAAGUAUGAUUUUUUUGUUAGAAAAUAAGCUACACGAAUGCAGCAGUAUAUUACGACGUGGUUUAAAUUUACGAGCGUAAAAGUUUCGUGUAAAUUCAUACAACCAUGAGACUAACGAAGAGGAUAAUCGUUUUAAUAAGUCGUUGUUAGGCCGAAGCCAAGUUUCAUCUUCACUCGAUAAAAAAAAUCAACAUCAAAAUACACCGUGUUUUUUUGUUUCGUUUUUAGUGUGUCAACAAUUGACCAUCACGUUAGUUGUAUUUUUCGAGAGUGAAUGUUCGCGAUUCACGAGGGUCUUUUUUCAGACAAUUUCAUCCCAAUGGUAUGAGGAAAUAUAAAAGCGGUUGCAGUUUCAGGCAAGGUUAACUGGAACUUAUGGAGAAUUAAAGUGUCUGUGGGUACAAAAGGAAAUGAUGGAUGUACACUAUUGUACAGGAAAUUGAAAUUAAUUGGUUUGAUUUUAUCGUUCUCAUUUGUUGGUCAGUUCAGUACGGUUUUAGUCAUCGGUUGUGUUCCGUGGUUUUUUUCAAAAUUUAUCGCAAGUUUCGAAUUUUUUUAAUGUUUUUAUUCGUCUCUGUAAUUCGUUUGAUUGCGUUAAUUACUCCUGCAAAGUAUAGCGCUGGUUCGAAUGCUCACGAGAGGGAUUAGAACAAAUUUUACAUAUCAAUGGUGUUGGAAAAUUUGAACUAAAUCGGAUUAUCGUGGAUUAAUUACGAUUACAGCGAACUUGAAGUUAUUAAAAUCGAAUGUGUAGUGUAGAUAAGUCGACGUACAAUAUACGAAAUAACUUUCAAGAUUAUUUCGCACGAUGACAGUUGUAAUUGGUAAUCGGCGUCGGCGAUGAUACGGCUUGUGAGUUCGAUUAAAAUGUACGUUUGAAACCGAUCGACGGACGACAGAAAAUUUACACGAUGGAAAAACCUACAAAAAAAGUUCCGCCAAACGAGGAUAGUGAUUUUCCGGUGAUGUCGUUACAUAGUCAAUCACCCAUUAAUUCAUCGUCGCGACCUUGCUCACCUUCGACAAAUCAUUCAUCUGUAUUAUCUGCUCUCAUAAAACCAAUUAGGAAGGUGUCACCUGGUUUAAUGCCACCAGGCUCUCCGGGAAUAUUUCGACGGAGAAAAUCGUCAGCGUACGAAGGAAGUUAUCAUCAUUCGUCGUUAAUCGCCGCUCGAGACCAGUUCAAUUCAAAAAUGUCCGAUAGUCCGAACGAAACACCGCAAGAAAUUCCACCGUCACCUAUAAAUACCGGAGCUACGCCAUGGCCAAUUUCUAAAGACGAUUACGAGCUUAAGGAAAUCAUAGGUGUCGGAGCUACGGCCGUCGUACAUAGCGCUAUUUGUAAACCGAGAAAUGAAAAAUGCGCCAUAAAACGUAUAAAUUUGGAGAAAUGGAAUACCAGUAUGGAUGAGUUAUUGAAAGAAAUACAAGCGAUGUCUUCAUGCCAUCAUGAAAACGUGGUUACAUAUUAUACCAGUUUUGUUGUUAAAGAAGAAUUGUGGCUGGUACUACGACUUCUUGAAAAUGGUUCGCUGUUGGACGUCAUCAAGCAUAAAAUGAGGACCACGAAUUGUAAACACGGAGUGUUUGACGAAUGCACCAUAGCUACUGUUCUCAAAGAGGUGCUCAAAGGGUUGGAGUAUUUUCAUAGCAAUGGACAAAUUCAUAGGGAUAUCAAAGCCGGUAAUAUCUUAUUAGGUGAAGAUGGAACAGUUCAAAUAGCCGAUUUCGGUGUCAGCGCUUGGUUAGCCACCGGUCGUGAUCCAUCCAGACAAAAAGUUCGACAUACGUUUGUCGGUACGCCAUGUUGGAUGGCUCCCGAAGUUAUGGAACAGGACCAUGGUUACGACUUUAAAGCUGAUAUCUGGUCGGUUGGAAUAACCGCAAUUGAAAUGGCUACCGGUACAGCUCCUUAUCAUAAAUACCCUCCGAUGAAAGUAUUGAUGUUAACGUUGCAAAACGAUCCCCCUACCUUGGAUACCGGAGCUGAAGAUAAAGACCAAUAUAAAGCUUAUGGGAAAACUUUUCGUAAAAUGGUCGUCGAUUGCUUGCAAAAAGAUCCUUCAAAGAGACCCACUGCAACUGAGUUAUUAAAAAAUCCGUUCUUUAAGAAAGCCAAAGAUAGGAAAUAUUUACAACAGACGUUGAUCGCCAUUGGACCGAGCUUAGAAACCAGAGUCUUGAAAGCUUCCAAGAAGCAACCUGGCUCUGGUAGACUGCAUAGAACAUUGACCGGUGAAUGGGUAUGGUCUUCAGAAGAAGAAGAUGCUGGUAAUGCUUCUGAUGAAGAAGAGAUACCAAAUAAACCUUUCAAUAUUAUUAACAAUGAAGAUUCGUCAGAUAGCGAAGGCGAACAUACUCCUAUUAAUUUAGUUUUAAGAAUGAGAAAUGGUAAAAAGGAAUUGAAUGAUAUAAGAUUCGAAUUCAUGUUGGGUAAAGACAGCGCCGAAGGUAUUGCAUCGGAAUUAGUGGGAGCCGGGUUAGUCGAUGGUCGCGAUAUCGUCGUAAUAGCUGCAAAUCUACGAAAACUAAUCGAUAGUAACGGGGAGAUGAAAUCAGUCACUUUUCCUUUAAGUUCGGGUUAUGAUUGCAAUGAUGUUCCUGAUGAUAAAACUUUAAUAGGAUUCGCCCAAAUAUCCAUGGUAGAAUGAUAUUAAACGCCUAGCAGACUGAAUUAAUAAAUUUUUUACCUUUGGUUGGGGCUUUUGAAGAUUUUAAUUUAUUCAUCAAUGUCAUUUAUUUAAUAUCUUUAGUGAACUAAGUUAGUAUAAACUAUUGAUCACUCAUCAUGUAAUUUGUAAUUACGAUUUUUUUUUUUUUUUUUGAAUGAUUCAAAAAUGAUAAUCAUUGUAAGCGAACACAUCUUAUACACGCUAAUGAAUUUUUUUUUGUAUUUUCAUAGUAUUAUUUUUUGAAAUUUUUAGCCUAGUAGGGAAUAAUUUGAGAAUUUUUAAUAAUAAAGAAAAUUUCAUGCGAUGUUUCAA